AUGUAUAACAUUAUUCCUAUAAUAUUAAAAUUUAAUUUUUUAUAUAGUGCCCUUAUAAUCACAUUUACUACGACUCCUCUGGCGAUGUGGCUUUAUCCAAGAGAAUAUAGAAAAGCAUUAGAACGUUCGCGAGCCGGUCAGGUCACAACUUCGAUUGAAGGUGCUUCUUGGAAAGAAUCUCGUGCUUCCGACGAUACGUUGAUCGAUCUGUCAAAAAAUAAACGUUUACUUGUUGUAUUAAAUAAGAUUGAAUGGUUACCGGGCAUGAUGAUGUUGUUACAAUUAUUACAACCUCUUCCUUUAUCUAAACCUUUUCUGAGGACUAGUGAAGUUACUCCUGAUAGAUCAACUAGGCAGUUAUCUGAAUCUUCAACUAAUAAUAAUGAACCUCUUACCGUUCAUGCCUUACGUCUCGUAGAACUUACUCAACGUAUUUCUACUGUGAUGAAAUUUAAUGAAACUGAGGAAACUUUAUUACAUGAUCCAAUCAUGAACGUUUUUCGAAUGUUUGGUCAAUUAAACUUUGUUAAUAUCAAGGCUAAUCUUACUAUUGUUGCUUUUCAUGAUUUUGUCAAAGAAAUAGUUGAAAAUGCUAGAAAAACUAAUUCGGAUCUUGUUAUAAUCCCAUGGGAUGGUGCUGGUGCUGUAAUGAAUGAUUCUGAUUCUUUUGAUGAAAUAAUUGGUCCUCGUGGAAAGAUACUUAAAGCUCGUGAAAGGAAAGAAACUAGUCCUCAAAUUUCAAGUUUUGUACAAGGUGUAUUUAACGAACUUCAUACCAAUGUUGGCUCUUUCGUUGACAGAGGUUUUGGUGUUAAAUCACCUCAACAUAGUGGCUCUCAAGAUUUAUCGAUUCAUGUAUUUCUACCUUUUUUUGGUAGUAUAGAUGAUAGAGAAGCUUUGAUAUUCGUUGUUAAAUUAUUAGAACAUCCUUAUGUCACUGUAUCGGUAGUUAGAAUAAGAACAGAAAGUGAUUCCAUUGAUGCUCAAGAAAGAAAUGUUGCUACUAGUUCUCAUAUCGAUAUUGAUAAUGAGAAUAUAAAUACCGAUGAUAGAAUAGUUCCUAGACGACCUCCUAUGGUACAUACUAAAUCAGCUUCUUCUAUUCAAGUAUUAACUCAAGGUGAUAAAAAAGAACCUGAAACAAUUGAUAGUUCCUUAUUAGCACAUUAUUUUAGUCUGAAGAAUGGUAUAUUAAUUAAUAACGAUCGUAUAAGUUAUACUGAAGUUGUAUCAAGCACUCCAUUAGCAACAGCUAUUGGGCUUGCAAAAGAAAAGGUUGAUAAUGGUAAAGAUUUAGUUGUAUUGGGUCGUCGUAGAACAGCGCCACAAGUAUAUCGAACGGAAUUCUUGGAUAUGGGUAAAAGUUACGGUAGCGAAACUCGUAAAUGUUUGGGUAUUGUUGCUGAAGCAUUUAUGGUUAGUGAAGUAGAAGCAAGUAUUCUUGUUUUACAAGGAAAAAAUGAUGUGAGAAAACCUAUAUAA